AUGGAAGACUUGUGGCUGUUGAAGGUGGCGGCUGGGGUCACUUUGCUUGGGGUGGCCCUCAUCGGAGGGCUUCUGCCGCUUUACCUGGAGCGCGCUGAAGUGAGCAAGGACGUGCUGUGCUCCUGCAACGCCAUGGCGGGUGGGGUGCUACUGGCGGCCGCUUUGGUGCAUUUGUUGCCUGAUGCACAACAGGGCUUGCGGAACGUCUCGUUAGAGCUCCAUGGGGUCUUCAAGCAAGACACGGACGAGCCCUUUCCACUAGCCAGCACCUUAGCGGGGAUCAUGUUCUUGGCGCUGAUGAUGGUCGAGGCCAGACCGGAGACCGACGGCCUGAACUGA